UCCCAGCGUGACAUGGCGCGGCGCCCGCGCAGCAGCCGGGCCUGGCACUUGGUGCUGAGCGGGGGGCGGCGCGAGGGAGACCCCCGGGCACUCCCCCUGCCACCACCCCCCCUCUCACCCCUCCAGGCCCCAGGUGCCCGAGGCUGGGGGUACGACUCCGACGGGCAGCACAGUGACUCAGACUCAGAGCUGGAGUUCUCCUCCCUCUCGCCCUCCAUCCCCAGCGCCAUCCCCGUCACCGGCGAGUCCUACUGCAACUGUGAGAGCCAGAGUGAAGCUCCCUACUGCUCCAGCCUGCAUGGCCUGCACCACCUCCAGGACUGCCAGUGUGGGGAGGAGGAUGAGUACUUUGACUGGGUGUGGGAUGACCUGAACAAGUCCACGGCCACGUUGCUGAGCUGCGACAACCGCAAGGUGAACUUCCACAGCGAGUACAGCUGCGGCACCGCCGCCAUCCGCGGGAACAAGGAGCUGGCUGAGGGGCAGCACUUCUGGGAGAUCAAGAUGACAUCCCCAGUCUAUGGCACAGACAUGAUGGUGGGAAUCGGGACAUCGGACGUGAACCUGGACAAGUACCGCCACACCUUCUGCAGCCUGCUGGGCAGGGAUGAGGACAGCUGGGGACUCUCCUACACAGGGCUGCUGCAUCACAAGGGAGACAAAACCAGCUUCUCCUCGAGGUUUGGCCAAGGCUCCAUCAUCGGGGUGCACCUGGACACGUGGCACGGGACACUCACCUUCUUCAAGAACCGCAAGUGCAUCGGGGUUGCAGCCACCAAGCUGCAGAACAAGAAGUUCUACCCCAUGGUUUGCUCGACAGCAGCCAAGAGCAGCAUGAAGGUGAUUCGCUCCUGCGCCAGCUGCACCUCCCUGCAGUUCCUCUGCUGCUACCGCCUGCGCCAGCUCCUGCCCGGCUACGUGGACACUCUGGAGGUGCUGCCACUGCCACCAGGACUCAAGCAGGUGCUGCACAACAAACUGGGCUGGGUCUGGAGCAUGAACUAUAGCACCUCGAAGCCUUCCUCCUCUUCUUCCUCUUCCUCGGGAAGCGACUCGGACAGCUCCUGCGGCUCGGAGGCAGAGGGCUGCCAAAGGAAGAGGUGCAGGAGGACAUAA